AAAUUUUCGGGCUCAUCCAACAUUCAGUUCAACGGUUCUCGGCGUAGAUAGGUUGUACUGACAGCGCCUUGAAGACCCGAAAUCCGUUCGCUUUCUGAUUCCAUCCAAAAACUGAAAAUUCUGCCCCUCCUGCGUGGUCGAGUGCUUCGAUCCAAAAACUUCUAGAAGGAAAAAGGUCCAGAAUCGAGACUUCUAACGUCUCGGUUCACCAUGUCAAGCAAAAGAUGGAGUACCGCCAGCAACACUGCUGGGCCAGACGACGCCCAAUUGGGACAUCAAACGGAGCAUGGCCCCAGGAAGAAACAACGGCGGCAGUUUGUCGCGGAGUCAAGUCAGGAAUACGAGGCCCCUGUAUCGCCUAGUGUAAUACUAAGACCCGCUACCGAAACCUCACAAGCAUCGAUGGGAGAAUUUACUGAAACAAAGACUGCUUCUCCCCUUACACCAACAGUACCGGAGCCUGUUCAUUUGGGAGUGCCACCUUUGACUAACCCGACCCAGAUGCAUUCAUCCCUCGAUGAAUCUGGUUUUGACUCGUCACGGGGUGGAUGGAAUUCCAGAGCCCAGAUGCAAUUGUCAGUACAGACGGAUGGUAGGCCACCAUCUGGCACAACACACAUCCGUCGUCCGAGCACCGCAACAGAUUAUGACGACGGAGAGGUCAUAGAAGUGCUGCAAACCAUCGCAAGCGCUCAAUUCCCACCCGGAAAAACGGACUGCUACUCCGUAACGGCAUCUGAUGAGGAAGACAUGGCGAGAAUGGUCGAUUUUCUGUCACCCCAGAGUCAAAAAUCUAUACCGCUCCCAAGCGUCAUCAACGACCUAGACGUCUCAUCCACUGCUGAGGUCUUUGACGCUAGUCUCCAGAGAUAUUCGCCGACCAUCAUUCGGCAGACAGGUGAUAUUCGUUGCAAUAGCAAGGAAUUGCUGGACUCUGAUGUCAAAGGGGACAACGUACUGGAGAAUGCGCAGUGUCCCCAGAAAAAAUGGUCCCAUAUUCACAGAUGUCCUCUUCGCCACAGACAGCAAGAGCAGGCCUAGAGAACCAAAUAAUGCCGAAUGAUGAGAAGAUAUCCUACGCCCCAGAGACCCAGCAAACUAAUGUACCCCAGCCUUUUGCAAGGGCCCUUUUCCCACGUCUAGUACGAGACAAAUCGCCGGUCAUCAGUCUCUCGAACUCCUGCUAUCUCCGAACUUGCUUCCG